AUGCCUGUUUCAUUGGCACGUAGAUCGCUCACAAGCUCUGCUACCCCCAAUCCUAUCCUCGCCACCUUCAUGCGCGGCGGGACGUCGAAGGGCAUCUACCUCAACCGCGUACACCUUCCCGCCGACACGGCAGCAUGGGACCCCAUCUUCCUCGGUAUGAUGGGCUCCCCAGACCCCAAGUACGGCCGCCAACUGAAUGGCAUGGGCGGCGGCAUCUCGAGUCUCUCCAAGGUCUGUGUCGUCGGCUCGCCCACUGACGAGCAGCGUGCCGCGGGCAUCGACGUCGCGUACACUUUCGCGCAGGUCGGCAUCCGCGACGAAAUCGUCGACUACUCCGGCAACUGCGGCAACCUCUCCAGCAUGAUCGGCGUCUUCGCACUCGACGAGGGGCUGGUGGCCGCGCCUCGCGUGUGCGAUGCAGACGUGAACGCACACGCGCCAACGGUGACCGUCAGCGCGUUCAACACGAACACGCAGAAGCGCAUCGACACGACCUUCCCCGUGUCGCUUGCCAGCGGUCAGCCGAUCGCCGUGCUCGACCUCGAGCAGGAAGCUAUGGCGGGCGUGCACGGCCGCGCAUCGCGGGUCGUCCUGGACUUCGUGUCCCCCGGGGGCGCACGCACGGGCAAGCUCUUGCCUUCUGGCCAGCCCACGGACGCGCUCCCGUUUGUCUCUGCAGACGGCGUUAGAGCGGACGUUCCCGCGUCGCUUGUGGACGCGACGAACCCCACCGUCUUCGUCCCCCUCGAAGGACUGCGUGGCGUGCUGCAGCACUCAGAGAGUGUGGACUUCACAAGUGUGCCCGUCGAGCUCGCCGUCGAGCAACUCCGACGCGCCGGUGCAGAGCGCAUGGGACUCGACCCAGAGACGCAAGCACAGCCUAAGAUCGCGGUCGUGAGCGAACCCGCGCCGGACGAUAUGGAGGCGGACAUCGUCGUACACGCAUAUUCGAUGGGGGUUCUGCACAAGGCUGUCCCAAUGACUGUUGGUCUAUGUCUGGGCGUCGCUGCUGGCAAGGAAGGAACGAUCCCGUGGAAGAUCGCCCGCGCCAGGAUGGGUGCAGUGUCUCUCCCUCAUGACGGAGAGCACAUGGUGCGUAUUCGGCAUCCUGGCGGUAUUGUCAUCGUCGGCUCUGCCGCCAAAGACGGAGAGGUGACAAGUGCGAAGGUCAUCAGGACCGGUCGCAGACUAAUGAAGGGCGUCGUUUGGUGGUGA